AUGGAGUGUGUGGAACUAAAAUACCUUAUAUAAUACCUAUUAUUAAAAUACCUAUGCUGAAAAUGAUCUACAAAACCCACCCUACAAUGUUUUGAGCAAUAUGCCUUACCACCACGCCACCGUGGACCCAAUCGUGGCUGGUCGAGUACUAGUAUAUGAUUUAAUUUUAUCACUAAUGAUUUCACGGCAAUCAUUAACCGAUUUAAGGCUGCAUGAAACAACAUCAAGCAGUGCGAAAUGUUCGCAACAAGGACUCCUUGAGUCAGCAGCAAGUGACACAACAACUGCCAUGCUCGCUGGUCGAAGCUCGGAUAAGUGGGACUGCCUCUCAGUCACGCCUCCAGUCACGAUGUCCAGUUCUUUCAAACAACCAGGCCCAGGCCCUAGUGCAUCUAAGGCCUGUGUUUAUUCAAAAGCAGGAAAUCCAUCGAGGAAUACUUUAGAAGCCUGUUUUGCAGCCUUAGAAGGAGCAAAACAUUGCUUUACUUUCGCUUCUGGUAUGGGAGCAAUCACCACCGCCAUCUUACUACUCAAAAAAGGCCAGCAUAUAGUUGUAAUGAACGACGUCGACGGCGCGACACGUAGCCUUUUUAGUAAAAGCAACAAAAUGGACAUUGAAGUUACGUUUACGGAUUUAUCAGUACCUGGAAAUUUAGAGAAAUCCAUCAAAUCAAAUACUAAGAUGGUUUUCUUUGAGACGCCAACAAACCCCGUCCUGAAAGUUAUUGAUAUUGCUGCGGUCGCCAAAGCAGCAAAGAGUCGUGGUGAUAUAAUAGUCGUCGUGGAUAACACAUUCCUGACACCUUACUUGCAAAAGCCUUUGAAAUUCGGCGCCGACAUAGUUCUGUACUCUAUAACAAAGUAUUUAACUGGCCUCACCGAUGUUGUGAUGGGUGCAAUCCUUGUUAACGAUGACAUAAUAGCGGAUAAGCUUAAACAUUUGCAAUGCGUGGCGGGAAUCGUGCCAUCUCCAUUCGAUUGUUAUAUGGUUAACAGAAGUUUGAAAACAUUGCCUUUGCGUAUGGAACGGCACAAGGAGUCAGCCUUGCUUGUAGCUGGCUGGUUAGAUAUGCAUCCCAAGAUUGUUGAAGUACUGCACCCAGGACUUCCGACGCACCCGAAUCAUGACCUUGGCAGAAGGCAAAUGAGUGGUCAUUCGGGAGUCUUUAGUUUUAGGCACUGCGGUGGUCUAAAAGAGUCGAAGAAGUUUUUAUACGCUCUCAAAGUUUUUACUUUGUCUGUGAGUUUGGGAGGAUAUGAGAGCUUGGCGGAAAUACCAUGGUUAAUGACACAUGCCUUCAUCCCGGAAAAAGACAGGCUUGCUCUUGGUAUUACAAAUUCGCUCGUAAGGAUUUCAGUUGGGUUGGAAGAUGUUUUAGACCUUCUAGAAGACUUGGACAGAGCACUCAGAAUAGCAUUUGGAUAAUACCUAUUACUAAAAUGCGGUCAGUUGAAAUGAAUACAAAAUCAUACAUCAGCACGGCUUUAAGACAAAGUCUUGUUAGAACGUAAAUUGAAAC